GUCAACAAUGUCACGCACUGCUCUACCUCGUGUAGCCCUACAACUCAGCUCUAGAAUCCCAUUAUGCGCACAUCCAAGGACACUUGAGGCACCAUGCCGUACCCUCCCUCUUCUUCGCACAUCAACACCACAAUGCCCUUCCUACUUUGUCCGAAACUUCUCGUCAAGUACGCAGCUGCAGAAAAAGGCCGGCAAAGCGAACAAAGCGCAUGCGCGAACCGAUUCGACCCCUCCCGUCGGCACAGUUGAAGAGCCCACAGCCACAGACAAGGCCUACGAUGUCUCUGAGCUGGAAGCUUCAAUUCUUAAAGCGCUUGAGAAGCUUACGCACGACCUUAGUCAAUUGCGCAGCGGGGGAAAGCUUAAUCCGGAAAUCGUGGAGAGCUUGAAGGUACAACUGGGCACGGCAAGCCAUGGCAAAGAAAGCGUUAGAUUGGGAGACAUCGCGCAAGUUGUGCCUAGAGGGCGAGUGCUGAACGUUAUUUGCGGAGAGGAAGCGCACGUAAAACCCAUAACCACGGCCAUCGCUGCUUCACCGCACUCGCUGACUCCCCUCUCCCCUGAGUCCAACAAUCCGCUCACUAUCCAGGUUCCACUUCCACCACCUACAGGCGAGUCGCGCCGUGCGGCUGUAGAUGCGGCUGGAAAAGCGUCUGAACGGGCUGACAGGCUCAUACAGCAAGCCCGCCAGGAACACAACAAGAAGCUCAGGCAGUACGGCUUGAACCGUGAAGUGCUCCCGGACGAUUUACAGAAAGCGAAAAAGCUGAUGGAGGAGGUGGUGAAGAAGGGCCACGUUGAGGUCAAGCGCAUUGUCGAUGGCGCAAAGAAGGUGCUUGAGAGUCAAUAAAUGCCAUCAACGUAAGCGUGUCAUGCUUGGCCGAAGCAGUGAGCUCCUGGCGGACGCACUGAAUCCCGGACGAACUCAGGACUUACGAGCUUCCCCCUUUUAGUACGCGUCUGGCUGAUGUGAGCUGAAAUUUAUUGUGCAAGCAUGGUAUUCCCAUGAC